GGCGCGCCUGGCGGCGGCGGCGGCGGCGGCGCGGCCCGGAGGGAGCGGGAAGGCGGGGGGGCUCCGCGCCGCAGAGAGUACCAGUGUUCUGCCAGAAGCGGAUUUGCAGUCCAGAGGGGUGAUGCGGCUUUAGGAUGCCAGGCUAAGGUGAACAAAUAAGUAAUCCAGGACAUAGUAGGAUUAGGCUGCAGAGCGAAAUCAGAUGCUGUGGAAAGGAGAAGAAAAGGCCUUUCUUUAUUAGCAGGAGAUCUUGAAGAAAUUUAUGCUGAAGUGAAAUUAUGCUUUGUACUUCAAGAUUGCAAAGGAUGUAUAAGAAAACUGGCAUGAAGUUCAUGCAAAUAUUAUUUCUUUCUGGCACAGCUGGGCAUUCCAAUUGCAAAAGAAGGAUCAGGAGAAGAAACUUCUGAAGAUUGCACGCAGAACUAGAAGAACUGUAUCAGAGACGCUUUGCUGUUUUAAAGCUCUUCGCUCUCAAGUUCUGGAGUUGCUUCCCUUUCCCUGAGAGGGUAAUGCCUUUUUCAUCACCCGAGAUAGAAGCGACUGAAUGGGAGCCGCAAAGGUUUUAUUUUGGGCUCAGUUUCUCUGCUAACUAAUUGGAUUUUCUCCAUCUUCUGCAGGAAGAUUAUAAAAGGAUUAGAAAAGGUGGUUUUUUUGGUUUUUUUUUUUUUGUUUUUUUUUUUUAAUUGGAGGCAGAAGGAGGUGUAGGGAGUGCAGGUAGCUGUUGUUUUUCCCUCCUCUUGGUCCUGGGACCAGUGACUUGCCAUUUCUUCCCUGAAGUCACUGCCUGUUUGGAAAAGGGAGAAAUACCAUAACAGAUGAUCUUGUAAGACCAUGGAUUCCUUCCCUCUGCAAACUUUGUAUGUGGCUGCUUGUAAAGGAGGUUUUUGUACACACAAACAUCAGAUGAAGAAUAGCAUCCUAGGCUGGAUUUAAAAGAAACAAACUGCUUGUGUCCUGAUGAAAGGAUAAAUUUUGUUUAAACUGUAAUUGAAAGACGAGUGGAUGUUGUUUCUGCUUUCAACUUUGAUGAAAGAAGGGAAGGGCCUGAUCCGCUAAAAUACUCUGCCGACCAAAACCUGCGUGUUCUACAGCUAAAAUUGGAAAAUGUCUUGGAAAAAAAACUAUUUUUCUGUAGGUCGGGGGAAUGUACAGGGUAUGUUUACUCCACGAAAUACAACCUCGAUAGCCCCCAGUAAAGGUCUCAGCAACGAACCAGGACAGAACAGUUGCUUCCUGAAUAGCGCAUUACAGGUUCUCUGGCACUUGGACAUUUUUCGCCGCAGUUUCCGACAAAUCACAACACACAAAUGUAUGGGUGAUUCUUGCAUCUUCUGUGCUCUCAAGGGUAUCUUCAACCAGUUUCAAUGUAGCAGUGAAAAGGUAUUGCCUUCUGAUGCUCUACGCACUGCUCUUGCAAAGACUUUUCAGGAUGAGCAGCGCUUCCAGCUGGGCAUUAUGGAUGAUGCUGCUGAGUGUUUUGAAAACCUGUUAAUGCGAAUUCACUUCCACAUUGCAGAUGAGACAAAGGAAGAUAUUUGCACUGCACCACAUUGUGUUUCACAUCAGAAGUUUGCAAUGACUUUGUUUGAACAGUGUGUUUGUACUAGCUGUGGUGCCACCUCUGAUCCACUGCCUUUCAUCCAGAUGGUACAUUACAUCUCUACAACCUCUCUUUGCAAUCAAGCUAUAUGUAUGCUGGAGAGACGAGAGAAACCCACUCCAGAUAUGUUUGGAGAGCUACUACAGAAUGCCAGCACUAUGGGAGACUUACGAAACUGUCCGAGUAACUGUGGGGAAAAGAUCCGUAUUCGUCGUGUGCUGAUGAACUCCCCACAGAUUAUCACUAUUGGCUUGGUUUGGGACUCAGACCACUCUGAUCUUGCUGAGGAUGUUAUUCACAGCCUGGGCACUUGUCUUAAGCUGGGAGAUCUCUUUUUCAGAGUAACUGAUGACAGAGCAAAGCACUCAGAACUGUAUUUGGUGGGAAUGAUCUGUUACUAUGGAAAACAUUAUUCUACCUUCUUCUUUCAAACUAAAAUCCGCAAGUGGAUGUACUUUGAUGAUGCUCAUGUCAAAGAGAUUGGUCCAAAAUGGAAAGAUGUUGUGACAAAGUGCAUUAAGGGUCAUUAUCAGCCUUUGCUGCUGCUGUAUGCAGAUCCAAGAGGAACUCCUGUGUCAACACAAGACUUGCCCCCCCAAGUGGAUUUUCAGCAAUAUAGCAGGAUCUGCUAUGAUAGUGAAGACUCAGGGAGAGAACCUUCCAUCUCGAGCGAUACCAGGACAGAUUCCUCUACAGACAGCUAUCCUUAUAAACAGGCGCACCACGAGUCUGUGGUCAGUCACUUCUCUUCUGACUCGCAGGGGACGGUCAUCUACAACGUGGAGAAUGAUGCCGCUUCACAGAGCAGCAGGGACACAGGACACCUGACUGACAGCGAGUGUAAUCAGAGGCACAUUUCCAAAAAGGGCUCUCUGGCAGACCGCAAAAGGAGUUCUAGCCGUUCUCGGCGAAAAGCGGAUGAGGCACAGUCAUCGGGAUACCAUAGUGAAGGAGAAACCUUGAAGGAGAAACAAGCCCCCAGAGCUGCCCCCAAACCAUCCAGCAGCACCAGCAGACUGAGGGAAUUUAAAGAGACAGUCAGCAAUAUGAUCCACAGCAGACCACAGCAGAUUUCUCAAACCAACCAGAAUUCUCCUCGUGGAGGGAGUGGUAUGGAUCAGGCAGAAACACGACCCUCAAAAAGCCUGCCUGCACAUUCUCGAGACUGGGAAAUGGAGAGUACCAGCAGUGAAUCUAAAUCUAGUUCAUCUAGCAGGUACCGGCCAACCUGGAGACCCAAAAGAGAGUCUCUGAACAUAGACAGCAUCUUCAGUAAGGACAAGAGGAAACAUUGUGGCUAUACCCAGCUUAGCCCCUUCUCUGAAGAUGCAGGUAAAGAAUUUAUGGAGAAUGAGGUGAAGGACCGUGCUAUUCAAGAAACGAGAUCAAGCCAAUCAAGUGUCAGAUAUAAGCGUGGUAUGCUUGGCCGGGGAACACAGCAUACGGUGGAACAGCGUCCUCAUCUAAUACAGAGGAUGGAGUCUGGCUAUGAGAGCAGUGAACGCAACAGCAACAGCCCAGUUAGUCUGGACUUGCCCUUGUCGGAAACCUCAAGCACCCACAGGGAUGUCCAUAUGAAGCGAGCUGGUGGAUUGGUUCCUGCCUGGCGUAACAUUCCGAAGUCUCACAGCAGCAGCAUCUUGGAAGUGGAGUCCACCUCAACUGGGAGCUGGGUGAACAGCCAGCACCCCAUUGGAAAUGGUGGGGAAAUGCUUGUCCCAUUAAAGAGUGAACUGGAUGAAUUACAAGAGGAGGUGGCAAGGAGAGCACAGGAGCAAGAACUACGCAGGAAACGAGAAAAGGAAAUGGAGGCAGCAAUGGGCUUUAAUCCUCGUCCCAGCAGGUUCAUGGAUCUAGACGAACUACAGAAUCAGGGGAGGAGUGAUGGCUUUGAGAAGUCCAUGCAGGAGGCAGACUCAAUCUUUGAAGAGUCGCUGAAUCAGGAGCAGAAGGGGGAUUGUGCUGCAGCUUUGGCUCUAUGUAACGAAGCUAUAUCUAAACUAAGACUUGCCAUGCAUGAUGCCAGCUCUAGCACUCACAGCAGAGCCCUAGUCGAUAAGAAGCUGCAAAUCAGUAUCCGAAAAGCCCGGAGCCUCCAGGAUCGCAUGCAGCACCAACAGCCAUCGCAGCCGCUGCCGCCGCCAACCUGCCACCCACCACAGGGUGGCACCAUGGCCCAGUCUACAAGUGAACAGACUGGCCCGCUCCAAGUACUGCUGAGCCAGGAGGUACCACUGGAACCCAACAAAGAAGUGGAAUUUGGGUCCAGUUCUUUCUUCCACCCACCUGCUUCCUGCCAUGAAUUGCACUCAUCAUUAUAUCCAGAGUCUUCCUCCUUGCCCCCUUCUGAAAGCAAUCCAUCCAACAGGAGCUCUCCAAACAUUCAGUCUGCUUCUGCUGAUUUUCAUGACCAAGUUCCCUCUUUUCCCUGUAGGCAAGGGCUGGCAGAGAGGUCUGCAAGAACUGAGAAUGAUGCCCACCAUAGUGUGGAAUUUGAGACCACAGCCACAGGACCAAAAGACUAUAGGGAAUGCUGCAGUAGCAGCAAGUUAGAAGAGGUUCAUAACAUAACAGCUAUUCUCACAUCUCAGUACAAAACCAAGGCUAACACAAUAAACUCUGGGUCUUUGCCUACACUGUUUCCCUGUACACAUUCACCACAAGCAGCAUCUCCUGGAAAAGAUGGCCAGCACAGUCCUUGUUCGAAACUUUCAAGUUCUCCAGUACAGGCCAGCAUUGAUCAUUUAGGGGACUAUCAUGCAAUGACCCCUGCAGCUUCAUCCCCUUCACUGCAGUGCUCCCUGGAUCCUUUCCAGAAAACAAAUCAGUACUCCAGAGCAAACAGCCAUGAGAUUUUAUCACCCUCACAGAAUGAAUAUGGCACAGCAGAAGGUUGUAAAUCUGAGGCUUUUAGUAUGAAGGGACAUGUUCGUUCACUGGCAGAGCAGUUUCAGAAAAUGCAUGCAGUCUCCCAGAGGAAGGGUGCUCAUGAAAAAGGCUGGAUUGCUGCAGUGUGUCAGGAUGAGAAGUCUCCAAAUCUAAUACAAAAAUCCUUUAUCAACCCUUCACCCUCUGGUUACAGACAGCUAAUCCAUCAAGGCCAAGAGAACAGAAACCAGUCUUCUGAAAAAUUGCAGUCAUCUGUGGAUAUUAGGGAUGGGGUAGUUUCUUUGGAGGGCUUUAGUGCCCAGCUUGUUGCUUCUAAGAGUCUUUGUCCUCACAGCGAAGAGCUAUGUAGAAGAGGUGGACAAAAUGUAGCAGAUCCUGCACCCUACCUGGAAAGGCACUGUCAUGAUGGAGGAAUGAAGCAGGGGGACAAUGGAGCUGCUAGUAGCAUGGUUGCCUCUAUGCCUGUGGACCGUUGGGUGAAUAACGUUACUAGGUAUUACAGUUCUCAGAAGGAUAAUAAGAAAACUGAAUGGCUUCCUGUACCUGGGAGGAGUCCAUCCCUUUCUGAUCAGAGGGCAGUUGGAGAUGACUUGAGCAGGAUCCCAGUACAUCUGCAUCCACAGUGGAAUCAAGAUACAGAACAGGAGCUCUCAGAACUGGAAUCCCUCUAUCAGACUAGUCUGCAGGCAUCUCAGGCCCCUAGACCUCUCUUGGGAAGACAGGACAGUGCUAGGUAUCCAUUUGACCAAUCAGUCUCUGCAAACCUAAAUGUGAAGAAGCUGCAUGCUACAAGUGGCAUGGGUCUCUCGAAAACUCCAACAGCAGAGAUCGAGCGCAGUCUGUAUGGAUCCAGUGUCUCUUCUGUCUCCAAGGUCACGUAUACCAGAGAACAUAGGGAACCAGAAGAGGAGGAAAUGUACAGUGCAGAGAAUUUCCGGCGCAUUGCUCGCAGUCUCAGUGGGACAGUCAUCACAAACAGAGAGGAGACCUUGGUCUCUUCUCAGAGUUUUGAAGCACCAAACAUGAGGAAAAUGCCAGUGGAAACCAGCCACCGUUCUUGCAGCUCCACCUCCCCUCCUUUCCCCCAUGAUCCUCCCGUGUUUCCCUUUGAUCCCCAGCACAACCCAAACCAGGUGCAGCACCUACCCCAUGAUGCACUGAUGCCCAGCAUGGUGGGCAAGGCACGUAAAACAUCAGGAGAUCAGAAGAACAUCAUCCAGAAACUUUUGGUUGUGCCUGACAGGGGUGAAGCUUUCCAAGGUGAAGACUACCCAGGUGUGGCACUGAGCUAUGGGAGCCUACCUUAUGCACCCAAAGGCACCCUGUCCCAGGGGCAAAGGCCUCUUGUUAAUCCGCAUUUAGGAGGUGGAGCAUCAAGUGUCACUGGCCGCUGGCUGAACACAAGCUACACUGCUAAACAAACAGCCACGUUACCAGAUAAACGAACCACGCUCUGGGGUGGGUAUGCUGGCCAGGCUGCCAAAAGGUUACAGGAGGGCUUUCUCCAGCAGCCCUCACAACGUCAGAUGCAUGAAUCCUAUACAGUCAGCUGCAGGCUGCCAUGCAGCACAGACUAUAGCACUUUAAGAAUACCACGUGAGCCUUCUUGGGAUCCUGGUGCUCCUCAAGGUUGUCCUGUGCCCCCCUCUUGUACUAAGGCUCCAGGUCCAAGGAGAGUUGAUAUGCCCCCAGAGGAAGACUGGCGACAGAACAGCUAUACCCCUCAGCCUGGCAGAAGGCGAAUACUGCCAGUUCACUUGAUGGAUGGGACUUUUUCUUCUGCUUCUGAGGCACACAGAAAUAUGCUGGCCCGAGCAACAGCAGCUACUGGCACCAUGCAAAAUAAUGGCUGGUGAGAUCCUUUCCACUCCUUGCACCCUGGAAAUCCCCCUGAGAACAGACUAUAGCUGUUGCCUGGGUGUAGAUUAUAAAGAGACGGCAAACUUCUUCAGUUGGUAUCUGUGCCAGUUUUGUCUUAAAAUGUAGCUAUACAGUAUGUGGAAACUAAUUGCACUGUAUUUCUUCCUGACACUACUGAACUGCUGUCUGGAUGGGGUAUGGAUGGCUAUACUAGUCCCAGCCUCUCCUAACAAAAAAGUGCUAUAGGAAAGAUAAGCUUAAGGGGCAUUGGUUACGGGUAUGUUUUGCAUGUUUUAAAGGAGGAUGGCCAAAAGGACGUUUUUAAGGACUCUUUCAUUAAAUGUAGCUUUGGUUAAUUCUUUGUAUACAAAGGCAGUCCUUUUGUUUUCCUCUCCUUCCUCCCCCCUGUUCCUUACUAGGGGAAAAAAAUGACCUACCUUCCAGGUUCCAAUAAAUGUACAUUUGCCAGGCUGGCAGUUAGUGAGGCAAACCCAAUUUUCAGUGUGCUGAGAUCUUGGACAGAGAUCACAGCUAUAUUUGCUGCUGAGGAAGUGGCAGGGAGACACUGUUCAUCAGUAAACCAGAAAUUUCCCCACUUCCUUAAGGCAAACUAACAAUGCUUCAAACAGAAAAGACUGUUAAUGCUGCACGCUUAAUUAUACCAAUGUAAACACAGAAUAAGUUUAACUAUUUUAGUGUCAAACAUACUUGCUUUUGUAAGUAUUUUUCAAAUAAAUCUAUGAAAAUAGUUCUAUUUA